AUGGGCGGAAUAUGGUCAAUCUAUGGCAUGUUGCACUGGUUCAAAGAAGAACAUAACGUUAAUCUGGCCAAAGCCAACAUAACGCUCAAAAGACAUUCUUUCUAA